AUGCCUCCCCCUGAUAUCACAAUAAACGAGGGAGACGUGGUAAAACUCGUCGCCGAGUUUUUAGAAAAUCGCGAUCUAAACAUAGCCAUGCUUUCACUUGAGAGAGAGACAGGCUUGAUCAAUGGGAUGUAUUCUGAUGAUCUUCUUUUUCUGCGACAACUUAUUCUCGAUGGUCAGUGGGAUGACGUUAUCGACUUUGUCCAACCGCUUAGUUCCGCAGAUGGCUUUGAUGGUAAACAAUUACAAUACCUAAUCAUGAAGCACAAAUAUUUGGAACUGUUGUGUAUCAAGUCAGAUCCAACAGCCAUGCAAAAUUAUGAAUUUACAGUAGAAGAGGUCGUGAAAUGUCUGAACUCGCUUGAAAAACUGUGUCCAACUAAAGAGGAAUACAACAAUAUGUGUAUGUUAUUAACAUUACCUAGACUUUCGGAUCACAUUGAUUACCAGAAUUGGAAUCCAAGUAAUGCACGAGUCACUUGCUUUAGAGAUGUUCUGCCUCUAGUGGAGAAGUUUCUGCCAUUUGAAAGGAAAGAGAAUAAAAAAUCAUGUGUGGCAGAGAAUGACCGUCUGCUUCAGCUUGUGUUGAAAGGUCUACUGUAUGAGUCGUGUGUGGAAUACUGUCAACAACGAGCAACAAGCAAUGGUGAUAAUAGUGAUUUAGAGAUGGCAUAUUCAACAGUGUUACAAAACACUGGGUUUAAUGAUGCAGAUUUAAGUUUGCUAUCAUGGCUUCAACACAUCCCUGAUGGUACAUUUUCUUGUCCAUUUGAACAGAAAAAUCUUAACUUUGAUGUUCGUCCACUUAUUAAACCUUCCUUAGAAGCAUCAUGGUCUGAGCAAAUUCUAGUCACUCCUAUUAAGCCAAAAAUGUUUCCCCAUUCUGCCGUGCCAAACUCAAGACCACGCUCAGCAGAUCACAUGACAAGGUCUCUUAAUCCCCAGUUUGAUGGACUGUCUAGUGGAUUAGGUCAAGGGAGAGGUGGGUUAAUGACUCAGUCUAUGGACUUGAACAGACAUCCUUUGUCACAGUCUAUGGCACCUGGACCACGACUAGAUAAUUCCAUAAAGAAUCCAAUGCAGAUUUCCAUAGAUAAAUUGUUUUCACAUGGUGAGUGUGUACAAACGCAUAGUUCUAUUGUUGAGGACACAAGAAAUUCAGCUGGUGGACCAGUGCUACACAGGUCACCCCCUCAGAAUGUUUCACAGGCAACAACAAAACCAGGACCCAUUCCUCAACAUGCACAGACAAAAUCUCCGCUUAGGAGUGCAACACCCCCUCAGCACAGGACAAGCUUGACAAAUGAAACACCCCAAAGAGUUAUGUCACCUGCACAAUCACAGGGAGAUGCCCGUGAGAGGCGAGAUUCUCCAGAGCCGGGAAGUGUGAGAGACUCGAGCUCGGAGCUAUUUAAAGAAUAUCAGCGACAGAAGUGUAGGUUACAGGACCAGCUAGCGAUGCAGGAGAAACAGCGAGAAAUGUACCAAAUGGAGCUGAAAGAGAUUGAACAAAAACAGCAAAUCAUGGCUCAGCUUGACAGUACAGAGGAAAAACAAGAUUAUGUGGAUAGUCAGUUUCCAUCAUCUUCUUCUAGCACACCUUUGUUAGAUCAUGUAGAAAGCAGAGAUCGUGACAUGCACACACCACAAUUUACACCCAUUGAAAACAAUGGACAUGCCAAGGCAAUGGGAAACACUGCUGGCAGUCCAUUGACUAUCCCAUAUACAGAUACACCCCAUUUUACACCCUUUGAGAAUGAUGGGGAGUCCAUGAUGCCAAGUGAUCAGUUGCCAAUGAACACACCAGAACUAGAAAUGUUGAAAAAAUUCAAUGCAGAAGUUAAUGUGAAAAAGCCCAUACUUGCCAUGAAUGCUGUUACUAUAAAUGACUCUGAUAUUGAACUAGAAUCUAGGAACAAAGACAAUAGCAGACUUACUGACGAGAGUUCAGCAAGAGUAAGUCCUACAGCAUCGAAUGCCCAACAACAGAGCAGCAGGCUAAGCAACCCCUCAGUAGGUCCAGUGCAGUCAAACCAGUGGCCUAACUCACAUACCUCUAAAGGUGGAUGUUUCGUAUUGGGAGACACUCCAAUGAUGUCACAAAUGAAAGACCAACAAUUACCCUUAAAGGGCAAGUCCAAGCAAAACAGUCCUCCUAACAUCAAGGGACAAAAUGUCCAUGGGCAAUCAGGGUCAACUGGUAACCCUAGCAGAGGGCAGACAGUUGGUAAAGGAAUGCAACAUUCUCCUAGCUGCCCUCAUAGCCCAGCAAAUUCCUGUAGAACAUUACCCAAUAUGGGAAAACAGAAGGCUGGACAGUCUAGGGAUGGGACCCAUACCCCAAAAACUGAGCACCCGAAAUCUCCUGGCAAUUGUACACCAGGUUCCUGCUCCACAUUACCAAGGCGAUCAAAACCUAAAUCUCAGACUAAGGAGCUGUCUAAUGCCCGUCCUGGGCCAUCAGGGGGCACUGUAAAUUGUAAGACAAAAAUCCCCGGCAGUAAAUCGGCAACCCCUUCCAGUCCCCGUCAAGCCCCCAAGGGGCCAGUUCCCAGGCCAUCUAGUCUGACUACAGGUGGUCAAGGGAAGUGCCGAAACCCAAAAUCCCCUAGCAUAUCGUCUAAAGAUGCUAAGCAAGAAGCCAAUUACCAGGAGACAAGUCACAUCAGCACAGGAAGUUUGCACCGGUCUCAUCUGGAUGCAAGUCCAGGCAUGGCCUCACCUAAACCCAGUUCGGAUAUGAAUCGACCCAAGUUUAUAGCAGUGACAUCAAUGGAGGAUGCACAAGCUAUCAGGACCAUUGCCUUCCAUCCAUCUGGUGAGCUGUACGCAGUGGGGUCCAACUCCAAGGUGUUGCGUGUCUGUACUUUUCCUGACCUCUCUAGUCUCAGAGACGACCAUGUGACAGAGAGGACAGACGUUGUUUACAAGAAGAACAAGCAUCACAAGGGAUCCAUUUACUGUAUUGCCUGGAGUCCAAUGGGGAACCUCAUUGCCACAGGCUCCAAUGACAAAAGCAUCAAGAUGAUUCGCUACAAUACAAGGGAGCAUACUGAUGUGGGACCAGAGAUGGAGUUGACAAUCCAUGAUGGUACUGUUCGAGACCUGACCUUCAUGCAGGACAGCAUCAACGGGACUUCUCUACUGAUUAGUGGCGGGGCAGGUGACAACAAGAUCUAUGUUACAGACUGUGAGACGGGUAUGCCAGUGAGGGCAAUGGCUGGACACUCGGGACAUGUAUAUUCUCUACACACAUGGGGUGGCUGCAUGUUUGUUAGUGGGUCACAGGACAAAACGGCACGGUUCUGGGAUAUGAGGGCUUCUACAGCCAUCACAGUGGUACCAAGUGCUACAGGCAGUGCGUUUGCAUCAGUGUGUGUGGACCCUUCAGGGCGCCUUCUGGCCUCCGGGCAUGAGGACAGCAGUGUAAUGUUGUAUGAUAUCCGAGGUUCAAGGGGAAUCCAAAGCUUCAAGCCUCACAAGGGAGAGUGUCGAUCAGCUCGCUUCUCCAUGAAUGCAUACUACCUUCUGUCGUCGUCUUAUGACCAGAAAAUAGUACUCACAGACCUGCAUGGUGACCUUGGGCGCCCCCUGCCCAGUGUGGUUGUUGCUGAACAUGAGGACAAAGCACUUCAGUGUCGCUGGCACCCGUCACAUCUUGCCUUUGUUAGUACAAGUGCUGACAAAACAGUCACUACCUGGGGUUUACCUGUCUCCAUGUGAAGAACGGAUUUUCUUACUUCCAUUUAAAGGUUAAGGUGAAAUCUUCAAAAGGAUCAUCAGCAGUCAGCUAACAAGAACUUUACAACCAAUGGUCUACUUAGUUAAGUCAUACAGGUCAAGGGUCAAACUGACUGGGUAGGGACGUGAGG